AUGACUUCGAAAUCGUUGAAGUAUUUAAAUGCUCUUUAUGAGACUCAUCUGAUUGAAAUUGAUAUGACAAAUAAUCCACCCCAAAGGUCUCUCUUAUUAAUUACUUCGGCCUCUUCUUCUUCUUCUUCCCCGUCUAAGGCAAGAAAGCUCAUUCUUUACUCCAAUCCCGGUUGCUGUUUGUGCGAUGGCCUCAAAGAGAAACUCCAAGCCGCUUUCCUGCUUUCUGGUCCAGAUUCUCUUCACGAUGUUGAUUUACUGGUGAGGGAUAUUACCAGUAAUCCAGAGUGGGAGAGGGCUUACCAAUAUGAGAUACCUGUGUUGACCAAAAUACUCUCCGAUGGCACUGAGGAGACCCUACCCCGAUUAUCUCCUCGUCUUGGGUUGGAGUUUAUCCAAAAGAAGAUAGCAUCUACUUUAAAACAGUAAGAAGCACCUGCAUGAUUAUUAUUUGAACAUUCUGUUGAUGGAAUUUAACUAUCUAGAACAACAGCAGAAACUUUAUCAUCGACAGAAAUAGUUUACACAGGCAACAAUUUCAUGUGUUUUGCUUGAAAUCGAUUGUUUGUUUAUGCGGAGAUUUUCUUUUCCUUCUUGUCUUGGCAAGGAAAUGAUGAACAUUGAAAAGAAGAUGAAUAUUUCUGUAGAAAAGACAUGAUCCCUAAAGAUGAUAUACAAAAUUUGACACAAUUAGACAAACCA